AUGGUCCGCAAAACGUCCUCUGGCUUUUUCUCGUCCAUCCAUGAGGACAUGCCACUUCAUGUGUCAAGGGGCUAUGACCGAAUAGUCCAGCAUACAGCCUACCCGCCCUCCUCGGCACCUCCCAGCCCUGAAAAGAAGAACUUCUAUCCGGAAAGAUAUACCCAGCCGUACCUGGACUUUAUGACCCAGAACCCUACCAUAUUCCAUGCCGUCGAGUAUUUUACAGCGGAGUUAGACAAGGCUGGUUAUGUGUAUCUCUCGGAGCGUGAACAGUGGAAGAUCAAGCCGGGUGGAAAAUACUACACGAAGCGAAACGGCAGUGCAUUCAUUGCCUUUGCCGUCGGGAAAGACUACAAGGCUGGAAAUGGUGUUGGAAUAGUCGCCGGUCAUAUCGAUGCACUUACCGCAAAGGUCAAGCCGGUUCCAAAGCUGCAGACGAAAGCCGGGUAUGUUCAGCUCGGCGUCGCUCCCUACGCUCAGGGGAUGAAUAUGACUUGGUGGGACCGAGACUUGGGUAUCGGCGGCAAGGUGCUUGUCAAGAACGACAAUGGAAAGAUAGAAGAAAAGCUCGUCAAACUGGACUGGCCCAUUGCAAGGAUACCAACACUGGCACCUCAUUUUGGGGCAGCUGCUCAGGGGCCGUUUAACCUAGAAACCAACAUGGUUCCCAUCAUCGGGCUUGACAACUCAGACAUUUCGGGAAAGGAGCUGCCUUCUCUGAAGCUGCCUGCUGGAACAUUUGUCGCAAAACAACCAGAACGCCUCGUGCGGGCGAUUGCAGGACAACUGGGUAUCAAGGAGUACACUUCCAUCGUCAAUUGGGAAUUAGAGCUUUUCGACAUUCAGCCCGCCCAGCUUGGUGGCCUGGACAAGGAGUUCAUCUUUGCAGGCAGGAUCGACGACAAGCUGUGCUGCUUUGCUGCUAUCCAUGGGCUGCUUUCCUCCCCCGAUGACGCUUCCCCUGGUAUCGUCAAAAUGAUUGGGUGUUUCGACGACGAAGAAGUGGGAAGCUUCUUAAGACAAGGUGCACGAUCCAACUUCAUGCCCAGCGUCAUCUCGAGGAUCUGUGAAGCUCUCAACGACUACUGUGGGCCCAACCUCAUCAAUCAGACGCUCGCAAACUCGUUCCUUGUCUCUUCUGAUGUGAUUCACGCCGUCAACCCCAACUUCCUCUACGCAUAUCUGGAGAAUCACGCGCCUCGCUUGAACGUUGGAGUGGCCGUCUCUGCGGACCCUAAUGGGCACAUGACAACUGACAGCGUCUCGACUGCCCUGUUGUCCCGAAUUGCCGAGAAAUGUGGCAGCACGUUGCAAUUGUUUCAAAUUCGCAACGACAGUCGAAGCGGUGGCACCAUUGGACCCAUGACUAGCUCGAGAUUAGGCUGUCGCGCAAUCGACUGCGGCAUCCCGCAGUUAUCAAUGCAUUCUAUCCGUGCAACCACAGGCUCGCUCGACCCUGGUCUCGGGGUGCAGCUGUAUAAAGGCUUCUUCGAUCAUUAUGAGGAGGUCGAUGCUGAAUUUGCCGAAUAG